UUAAAGUUUUAAUACUUUAUUAUUAAUUAAACAGGUCUGCGUCUGUCAAGUCUUUGGGUUCAAGCUUAGGGUUUUUUUUUACCCCAAUUUCCUGCCUGGCGCUCAACAGACUGAGUUUUAUGAAGAGUUGAUAUACACAGACAGAAGAUGACGGACGCCCAAGAAUUACUAGCCCACGUGAUUGUGGAUCCAAAUGACCAUGACCCAGAAAAAAGAAUGGAAUCCUUUAACGAGUUAAUUGAUUUUGAGAACAUCUUUGUGGAACCCCCAGACUUGCAAUCUUGUGACAUAGUAUGGUUCUGCUCCAACUUAACCUUCCAGGCGACCAAGAAUAGAGUCUACUACAGUCAGCGGUUCUGGUUCUGUAUCCUAGCAGCAGUUUGGGGUAUAUCAUUUGCCGUGACGUCAUACUUAGAGACGUUCUGUUGCCGACCAAUAACAGAAAUGAUAAGGUUAAUUGCGAAAAUUCCCGGUCCGCGUAAAUGUGUGUUGAUCUAUACUCGUUGCUUUAAACAAGUAUGCUUUGGAUGCUUCAUAGACGAGGACGAAGACGAAAAAAUGGAGACUAAGAGUGUGUGAAUAAAGGAAGGAAAAAUCUUGAUCGUCUUGUUGAAUUGAGAGAGAGAGAAAGAGAGAGAGAGAAAGAGAGAGAGAGAGAGAGAGAGAGAGAGUUAAUUUGUUGUUUUUAUACUUAAAAUAAAAAAGAUUUUAUGUAAUAUCAGUGUAUCAGCUAAAAUAGACACAUUAAAAGUAAAGUAAAUGUAUAAUGUAGUAUUCGUGGUGUCCACAUUAAUAUUGAUAAUUCAAGACUUUUUAAAAAGACUGUCUGUUUCUUCAUUAAAAAAAAAAGUUUAUGAGUUAUGUUCUUUGCAAGCAAAAUGAUUCAGCUCUGCUCGUCCAGGCUGUUUGUCUAUCUAUGUUUAUAAAUUACGACAUAUUGCCAAUAAACUAAAAAAAAAUACAUGCAC